AUAAAUAAAUAUAUAUAUAUAUAUAUAUAUAUAUAUAGAUAGAUAUUUAGAUACAUAUUUUAUCUGAAUUGAUAAUAAACCACAAUUGUGAACGCAAUUCAUGACAUGUCAUUAAAUGUUAUUUUUCUUGAUUUAGCAUAAAGUUGGUAUUAGAAAGAAGAUUAUAUUAUUGAUUUUUAUUAAUGAAUUCUUAUUAUUUCGUCUUAAAAAAUUACGUUCAAGAGUAUGAAAGACGUUUAAAAACCAAGCCGACUAGUCUUUUAUCUAAUUGUAUAAUAUAAAACUCAUUCUCUGUUAACCCCUUACGUUAUGUUUGUUAGAUAAUAUUGUUAUUUUACGGCAGAUUGUACUCUCUAUUUCCAGCUGGUCUGGCAUUCUGGCACUUAGAUAAGAUAUAAGCAAAAGAACACAAAAACCCGCUGUUUUAUAUCUGGAAAGUUGUUUAUAUUUUAUUUGUUUUUACAGGCAACGAGACUGCGGCAGCAGUUUGCGGCGGAAUUAGUUUAUUCUUCUUAGUAAUACUCUUCAUUUUACUGGUUUUAUGGUAUAGGCAAGGAGCCAGUUGUGCUGAAGGUUGGAAACGUUUCUUAGAAUGGAGAGAUUAUAAAUCUGGCAAAAAUACAAAAGAUGCACCACCUCCCAGUUUUCCUGAAGUUGUUGAAGCUAAUUUACAAACUGCGAAGCCAGAAUACAUGAAUAAUGCAUUCGAAUCUAAUAGCCAAUUAAAUCAAAGACAUGAAGAUCUGCAACAACCUUAUCAACAACAAUCGAAACAACAAGAUCAAGUAGUCGUCCCACCUAUUGCUAGACUCGAUAGUCUUGGUCCAGCACAACUCAACAAUUCGUAUUCGGCCUAUGAAUCGAGAAGGGAUAAUACCAUCUACACGAUAUCAGGUGCACAAGAAUAUUAUCCGGAUGAACCAAUUCGAUAUGCUAAUGCUCCAGGACCAGCUCCAGUUUCAGCUCAAGCUCCAGUUCCAGCUCCAGUUCCAGCUCCAGUUCCAGCUCCAGUUCCAGUUCCAGCUCCACGUCCAAACCUAGCUCCAGUAAAUAGAAGUUUUACUCAAAAUCAAUAUGAAUACGACAAUCCAGUCGUUGACGUGGCUGACGAUGGAAGGACGGCUAGCUAUAGAUAUUGUCAGCAAAAUAUGGAACGUUUACACCGCGACGGAGGUGAUGAUAGAUCGCAGAGCUAUCAGUACGCUCAUCAAGAACUUGCUUUAGCCAGGUCUCACCGAGGGGUUGAAACUGAACUAUAAAAUUUUCUAAUAUAAAGAAGAAAAAGAAACGAAAAAACUCUUAGAGUUUGUUUAUUGGAUUGAUAUCUUUCUUUCAUUGUCUGUCUACUUCUUAUUUGCCCACAAAAUUUUCUCUUUUUUAACUUCUUCACUUAAUGGAAAGUAGUAGAGUUUUAUAUGUUUAAAUAUAACAUUUUUAUAAUUAUAAAAAAACUCAAUUUUCAACUAUCUUCUUCGUUAAAGAAUAAUAAGAUUUGAAGU